UAUGCGUUACGAACAAAUUCAGUAUUUUCGAAUCUAUUUAUUAAAUAAUGGGAUAUUUAAAGGAAUGGGAUACGGGUUGCCAGGCGAGUCCGUGCUGCGUUUAUCAACAGAAUGCGCAGAAACUGCUUAUUCUCCACCAGCAACGCGUCGUCAUUUAUCCAUUCAAGACCCCUUAAAUCUAAAACUGUCACCAUCGUUAGGAAAAAUUUGCGAGCCAUCAAUGGCCGAUAACUCCUCGAUGAUGGCAGUAUCAGAGCCGAUUUUGGAGGCUACUUUGCCAAAUGUUUCGUCAUCAAUGGAGCCGCUCUUGAAGAAUAUCGGGACUCCGGCAUUACCUCUUGAAACAUCCGCUGCCGAAACAUAAAUUCAUAAAAAUACAUUUAUACGAUCGAGAUUCGGCACAAUCUUUAUUUACGAUGCCGUCAACAUUAAAGAAAAAAAGAGCUUUUUCUACGUAUGGGAGACACUGGUCUAAUCGUCUCAUUAAGUUAUAUAAUAAUAAUACACAAAUGCUACGU